AUGAUGACAUCCAACCUUGCAGAGUCACUCAACGCUACACUAAAAGCUGCAAGAAAUCUCCCCAUUGAUAUCUUGGUUGAAUGCCUUAGAAGUUUGGUUCAAAAGUGGGUUUGGAACAGCUCAAAUAAUGCAAACAGAACAUUCACAAAAGUCUCUACAACAACAAAGAAUGAGUUGAGACAUGACAUUGUUUCAAAAAUGAAGUAUGAGGUCUUGCCUUUCAACACAAUAGAUACCAAGUUUCAAGAAGAUGAAAUGCCUUGUGGCCAUGCAGUAACUGUCAUUGCAAAGAGAAACUUGAGUGUGUAUGAUUAUUGUGCAAAGUUCUACAGAACAGAAACGUUGAAAGCAUUGUAUCAAGAAAAUGUUCAUCUUUUGCCCCAUAAAGAUGAAUGGAAUCUCCCACAACACUUGGACAUAAUGGUGCUGCCUCCAAAGGCAACAAUCACUGCAAGAAGACCAAGAAAGAAAAGAAUAAGAUCAAAAGGGAACCUAAAGUAA